AUGGAUACUGGUUUGUUGUGGUUCCUGUAUCUGCCUCACUUCCGGGUCUCCGCGGCUCUUGCUGGUUCUUCAGUGGCCACAUAUGAGCGUCUCUGGCUCGGUCACGGUCUGUCUUCCAUCCCGCCGUUUCCCCCGUUCCUUCUCUGCAACAAACCGUGGACUUUUCCCUGCACCGUGAGACCGUUCCCCUUCGGUUUCCGUCUUUGA